CUCGGAAACCCCCAUACGGCAUAGCUUCAUCUGGCGGGCUGAUUCGGUUUUCCCUGCACGAGGCACGAGUCCUGUUAACUAGCGUGGCAUCCAUCCGACGCUUGACUCGGACACCGCACAGUCAGAGAUCCGUGCGCAAGUUGCCUUAAUACGAAGGAGUACCAGCAUGGAGGACGACCCUGUUACCUAGAACUGGAGCAGUUAGCUACGAAUUCUACCAAUGAGGCAAUUCUCCAGAUUCCAGAACAUCUCCUCCUUCGAUUUUGUUUUGGUUUUGGUUUUGGCUUCGUGGCUUCAGGUUUCUCUGUCCGGACCCUCUUUGGGGAUUGGAGGUAUAUUAGAUGAGUGGAGUCGUAAGUACCCCGUACCUCGUACUCAAACAAAUACGUACGACAUCACUUCCUUUGUCCAUCGAGCAGGGAUGAUUACUCCGGUAGUAAGCCAACAGUCGCUGCUCGAAUCGGCUCAACUCCGAUUUCGCCAUUGGUUGUGAAUGCCAGAAAAAGAAAAGAGAGAAAAAUUUCACCCACAACUCGACUGACUCGCGAGGGACUCGUUAUUACAUACCUACACCUAGUGACUGGAUCACUGGAUACGUAUUUACAUUUUCGUGGCUUAUCAACGGAAUAGUUAACUUAACUUGUCUUUUGACCUGGCAGUUCUUGCAGGUGAAAUGCUUCUUUUUUUUGUUCUUUUUUUUUUUUUUUUUUU